AUGGAGCGGCUCCGCGGGCUCUUCCAGCACUUGCAGUCCAGCUCGGAGGCGGCGACCAACGGGCUCUGCCUGCUGCUGGUCGCGGGCACCGCCAAGCUUUACGCCUCCGUGGACGUCAGCUGCCCGUGCCUGGCGCGCUACAACGCUCUCUACGGCCUGGGGCUGCUGCUGGCGCCACCGCUUGCCCUGUUCCUCUGCGGCCUCCUGGCCAACCAGCAGGCCCUGGUCGCCGUGGAGGAGUGGUGCCGGCCCGCAGGGCGCCGCAGGAAGGACCCAGGCGUCAUCAGGUACCUGUGCACAUCCGUGCUGCAGAGGGCACUGGCUGCCCCGCUGGUCUGGGUGCUGCUAGCCCUGCUGGACGGGAAGUGCCUCGUGUGUGCCUUCAGCGGCUCCGUGGACCCCGAGAAGUUUCCCGACUUGGCCAACAUGACCCCUGGCCAGAUGCAACUCUUCCUGGCCAAGGUGCCCUGCAAGGAGGACAGGCUGGUCAGGGACAGUCCCACACGCAAGGCGGUGUCACGCUACCUGCGCUGCCUCUCUCAGGGGGGCCUCAGCCACCGCGCCCCUGCCGCAGCCUCGGGCACCCGGCUGUGCCUGCACAGCGACGUGUAG